UUACAAACUUCGUUCCUAUAAAGUCUCGAAAAGCGCAACCGUCAGAUCCCCCUAAAGUAAUAAAACGGCGCGUCUCCAAAUUUGACUGAUUCGGAUUGGAGACCACUUCGACCAUUUUGGAGAAUAGAUCAGGCCAUGAAUUCGUGAAAUGUUGAACUCUACAUCGAUGGAUGGUCCUCGUGACUCUAUUCAGGAGCUACAUCAUGGGAGCAUCAACGGCGACAGUAGUGGAACUUUCAUCGUGGAUAAAAAGGGGAUGACGGACUCCGAGAUCAUAGACAGGGCGGCCAAGGGGUUCUUCCGGAACCGUAGACGUCCGCUGCCCUAUAACAGUGAAAUCAAAGUGAAGGGGGUCCUGGCGGUACUCGGAGGGGUACUAGUACAUAUGACCCUGGGGACGGUGUAUACAUUUGGUAACAUAACGACCUACAUGACGUCUUAUAUGAGGGAAUUCGACCGUGCCUCGUUUCCUGUGACGUACGCCAGCACAAACUGGAUAUUUGCCGCUGAAUACACAUUUUCCGGGCUCGCCAUGUUUGCAGGCGGGGCCCUGGAGAGGACUGUUGGUGCCAGAAUAACUACACUCAUAGGAAGCUGGGUUAUGAGUCUUGGAGUUCUUCUGACCUUUGAGGCCAUCCAACAUUCCUUUUUGGCGACAGUAGCUACCUACGGAGUCUUGGUGGGGAUAGGCGGCGGUUUGGCUUACACUGUACCCAUGACGUUAGCGAUGAGAUGGUUUCCUGAAAAGAAAGGUUUGGCCGUUGGGCUGGUUCUUGCCGGCUUUGCUUGUGGUCCGUUUCUCUUCGCCUGGGUACAGACGCUUUAUAUGAACCCCGACAACAAACAACCGUCUGAUAUCAUCUGUCCCUUCCCUAUUGCCAACAGCUCCAAACCUUGCCAUACAGAAAG